AUGGCAUUCUUACUUCCUAACAUGAACAAUGCAAAGCAAGAAGAUGAAGUAUUUAAAAAGUUGCCACAAAAAAUUGUGGAUCCUUGUUUAAGCCAAUAUAUCUAUAUUUAUGAUCUUCCUGCUAGAUUCAAUGUGGAUUUGUUGAAAGGAUGCCACUCUCUACAGAAGUGGGAAAAUAUGUGUGUUUUCUUAUCAAACUUAGGCGUAGGACUUGAGAUUAUUGAGAAAUCAAAGAAAGAAGUUCUAUCAAAGAAUAGUUGGUAUGCAACAAAUCAAUAUUCACUUGAAGUAAUUUUCCACAAUAUAAUGAAACAUUACAAGUGUUUAACCAAUGAUUCAUCUUUGGCUUCUGCUGCAUAUGUACCAUUCUAUGCUGGUCUUGAUGCAGCACAACAAUCUCAGUGGAAAAGAUUGCAUGGUAAAGAUCAUUUCAUGGUUGGUGGAAGAAUUGGUUGUGAUUUUUGGAGAGAAGGUGAUUUAGAUCAUAAUUGGGGAACAAAGCUAAUGUUCUUGCCAGAAGUAAGUAACAUGUCAUUUUUGUUAAUAGAAUCAUGUAAAUGUUUAUAUGACAAUGAAUUUCCAAUUCCAUAUCCAACUUAUUUUCAUGCUACAAAUGAUGAUGAAAUUUUUAAGUGGCAAAGGAAAAUGAGAAAUAAGAAAAGGGAUUAUUUGUUUACAUUUGUCGGUGCUCCAAGGCCUGAUUCACCAUCUUCUAUUAGAAAUCAGUUAAUCGAACAUUGCGAAUCUUCUAAGAGUUGUAAACGUGUUGGAUGUUAUCAUGGUUCUAGUAAGAAAAAAAGUUGUCGCGAUCCUGUUCAAGUUAUGGAUAAUUUUCAGAAUUCGGUUUUUUGUUUACAACCGCCGGGGGAUUCUUUUACUAGAAGAUCAAUUUUUGAUUCGAUUUUGGCGGGUUGUAUUCCUGUUUUCUUGCAUCCACUAUCAGCAUACAAGCAAUAUUUGUGGCAUUUUCCUAAAAACGGUUCUGGUUACUCUCUGUUCAUACCUGAAAUUGAUGUCAAAGAGGGAAAAGUGAUGAUUAAUGAGACAUUUUUCAAUGUUUCAAAAAGUGAAGUGUUGGCAAUGAGAGAAGAGGUUAUAAGACUCAUUCCGAGGAUUGUGUAUCGUUAUCCAGGAUCUAGAUUAGAGACAAUUGAAGAUGCUUUUGAUAUAGCUGUUAAGGGAGUUCUUGGAAGAAUUGAAGCAAUGAGAAGACAAAUUACAAAUGUAAACGAUUCUUACCAUGCAAAAGUUGUCGCCCUUUAA